AUGGCACACCAAGUCAUCGAAGAGGAACGAAAGGCUGACAUCCUUCAGCAAAUACAAAAAGAAAUUGAGGAGGAGACCAGGGAAAAGCCUGAGCAGAAAGAAGUUUUCAGGAGGUAUCAACCCAAGAUGACCGCAAUCAUGAAAGGGCUGGAUGACAAUGAGUUAGAGAAAGCCCGGGCUAAGGCUGACGAGUGGACCAAUCAAGCGCCUGAUGCUGCAGUCCAGGCCAAGACGGCAAAGAAGAAGGGCGAAAAGAUGAUCAAGCACUUUGCCAAGGAGAUGUUUACUCAAGCCGGUAUGAGACUGUUUGUAUUGGGAUCCUGGAAGGAUGAGCAGGGCAGCCUCCUUACAUCUGGGCAAGUUCAUGCAUUCAUUCGGUUCAACUUCAAUGAACAGCUCGGCAAGGGCUCCAGCUUCAUGGAGUGCAAGGACUGGCAGGUCAUCUUACCGGCAUGGGAAGAUUUCAUUGGUGAUAUGUUCCCCCAUCUAAUCUGUGUCACAUCCACCAAGAUCAGGAUCAAGACCAGGAUGGCAUGCUGCUCGGAGGCACUCGCCAGGGUUCCAAACCAUACUAGUUUGCCAAUCUUGCCGGAUAUUGAUGGUUUCUCGCUCAACACCAAGAAGGGUGUCAUUUGGUCAUUCCUCACCAUUCAUUAUAGAAUGUGCUGUGGAAAGCUGAAGGUUCCAGUUCCUUGGAGCGACAUAAUGAAGGGACAGUCAAGAUUCAUCUCCAGUACAUACCUGCCAGAUGGUACACAGAUCAUGGAGCCAUCCAAAAUGCACCGGGACGAAGCCAUCUCUUUGUUGGAAUGUUGGUUGGACCGACAGGACAACCAAGUCAGCCCAACAUUCCAGUUCAAGGCUUGGAUUGAUGACAAGGGCAAGAUGCACCCACCAGCCCAUGCCGACCAAAAAGUCACAGGACCACGGUUGCACUGUCACUGCCCUGGACAUCCCAAAGGUCGACCGAGAUCCAUCAAACGGGCUUACAUCAGUUCCACCGAUGAAGAAUCUAGCGACGCUGAUGCAGAACUCAGCGAUCAAGUUGGACGCCAGUCGGAGUCGGAUGACCAACCACCGCCGAUGAGCUUGGUGAAGAGCAUCAGAGUUGAGCCUGCCACCAUCUUACCCCAGACAGACCUGGCACAUAAAGACCGACCAAUUGUAGAUCUGGCGACUGAGGGAUCAGAAGAUGAAGAUUGCGGCAGCAGUGCAACAAACACUGGAUAUCAUUUUCCUGGAGUUCAUCAUGCUGGACAGCAUGCCCAUGGUUUUGGCCCACAUUCUACUUGUCGGGGUCUGGAACACAUUCAGGCAUCCCCAGCAGCAAAGGUCCGGGCACCAAACAAGACUAGGGCUACCAGGGAUGCAUCACUGUCGGUCAAAGCCCGGUCACCAAGGAAGACGGGGGCUACCGCAGAUGCUUCACUGGUGGUACAAGACCGGUUGCCGAAGAAGACUAGGGCUACCCAAUCAGCAGCAUACCCACUCUCUGAUGCACCAGCAAAGCGCACCAGAAGUAAGGUUGAUGACUUGCUAGGCGCCAGACCUUGGCAAAAGCCCAAGAGAUAUGCUGACUAUGUGUAG